UGGCCUUCCGAAAGGCUAAAAUGUCAAGGGUAGAGCACGUAUGCAAUUAGGCUUUAUCCAAACAAAAAAACAACAAAAAGAGUAUUACUAUUAUUAUAAUUUAUAGAUCGUUCCAGAGAUUAUUAGAACUUUCAAUUUUACAUAAUCAAAAAUAAUAAUCUGUACGGUUGAUGAACUUCAAAUUCUACAUAUAUUCAGCUAGGGUUUCAAAAUUCAAACUAUUAACUGACAGCACAGUUGAGUAGAAAUUGGUGGAAUUGUGAAUUGUAAUUGCGCCGAUUGGAUUCGGUCACUGUUACAAAUGGAGAUUGAUUCACCGCCCGACUCGUAUACGCUCACUCCUAUGGACCGUAUUAUUCAGAGGCUUGACAGUCUUGGAGUUCCUGCUGAGAAUUUGGAACAACUACAGCCUGGUUUAGUUGCUUAUGUGAAGAAUAAUAAGUCGCAGACGGCAGAGUUGGUCCCUGCACUUUUGCCUACUAAUGAGGAGGCAAUGGAGAUUAUUACAGAACAACAAAUGGAGUCUCCAAGAUCCACGGUCAGCUCAAGCGUUAAUGUUAAAGAUUUAUUCCAAGAAAGUAUGGAUUGGAUACAGUGGUUGAUGUUUGAUGGUGAACCAAGUAGAGCUCUGGAGCAACUGGAAGACACUGGUCAGCGUGGUGUUUGUGGGGCUGUUUGGGGUAACAAUGACAUUGCAUAUCGUUGCCGUACAUGUGAGCAUGAUCCAACAUGUGCAAUAUGUGUUCCAUGUUUCCAGAAUGGGAACCACAAGGACCACGAUUACUCUAUUAUUUAUACAGGUGGUGGUUGCUGUGAUUGUGGAGAUGUUACUGCUUGGAAACGUGAAGGAUUUUGUUCCAAGCACAAAGGUGCUGAGCAGAUACAACCUCUUCCAGAAGAGUUUGCAAACUCAAUGGGGCCUGUACUUGAUUUAUUACUGUCUUGUUGGAGAAAAAGGCUUCUAUUUCCAGAUAGCAUCUCUGGGAGAAAUCCAAGAAGAAAUGAUCAUUCUACUGAGCUCAAAAUGGUUACAGAUGAGUUAACAUCUGCAGUGGUGGAGAUGCUAUUGAAGUUCUGUAAACAUAGUGAAAGUUUGCUUAGUUUUAUCUCUAGGAGAGUAUCUUCUUCAGCAGGGUUACUAGAUAUUCUUGUGAGGGCAGAGAGGUUCAUGAUCACUGAAGAAAAUGUCAAGAAGAUUCACGAAUUGCUGUUGAAAUUGUUGGGUGAACCUCAAUUUAAAUAUGAAUUUGCAAAAGUGUUUCUGAGCUAUUACCCAACUGUUGUGAAUGAGGCAACAAGGGCAUGUAAUGAUGAAGUUUUCAACAAAUAUCCACUGCUAUCAACAUUCUCAGUGCAGAUAUUUACGGUGCCUACUUUGACCCCACGUCUUGUGAAGGAAAUGAAUCUUCUACCCAUGCUGUUGGGAUGUUUAGAGAACAUACUUGUGUCUUGCGCUGGAGAAGAUGGUAAAUUGCAGGUCAUGAAAUGGGCAGAUUUGUACGAAACUACUCUCCGUGUGGUUGAAGAUAUUCGAUUUGUCAUGAGUCAUUCUGUUGUACCUAGAUAUGUAACUCAUGAUCGACGAGAUAUAUUGAGAACAUGGAUGAAACUAUUGGCUUUCGUGCAAGGGACGAACCCACAAAAAAGAGAGACUGGCAUUCAUGUAGAAGAAGAGAAUGAGAAUAUGCAUUUGCCUUUUGUUUUGGGUCAUUCUAUUGCAAAUAUUCACUCUCUUUUGGUGGGUGGUGCUUUCUCUAUGAGUAGUACAGAAGAUGCUUGUGAUGCUUUCUUCAACACAUACACAGAAGAUUUCGAAGACCAAGAUAGCCAAAGACAUGCAAAAGUUGGAAGGCUAUCACAGGAAAGUUCUGUAUGUAGUAUGGCUGGGAGGAGUCCAUUAGAACAUGCAUCCAGGGUUCCUGAAGUAAAAAAUGAUAGUAUUCCAAUAUCAUCAUCUGUUUUAUGUCUAACAUUCGAGUGUCUGAGGGCCAUUGAAAAUUGGCUGAUAGUUGAUAACACUUCGGGACCUCUCCUUCACAUAUUAUGUCCGAAAACAAGUUCUACUCCUGGCAAUAAUUUCUCUGUGUUGAAAAAAACACUUUCAAAGUUUAGAAGAGGCAGAGAAAUGUUUAAAUCUCAGAGUCCUCCUUCAAAUGAUAAACUCUUGACUUCUGCUGAAGGUUAUAAUAAACAAUACUCUUAUCCUUCCCUGAAUGGUCGGACUACCUUGGAUUCUGGCCAGGGUUCAGGCCAAGAAGCAGCUUGUCUUGGUGGUCAUGAUGACAGUAUGGAAGGAGAUAAUGCAUCUGAAUUAGAAGCUCUGCGGUUGCUGAGUUUGUCUGAUUGGCCUGAUAUAGUAUAUAAAGUUAGUUUGCAGGAUAUAUCUGUUCACAUUCCGUUGCAUCGAUUACUUUCAAUGGUUUUACAGAGGGCACUAGGCAAAUGUUAUGGGGAGACUGCUCAACCAGUUGCUAGUUCUGCUAAUUUGUCAUCUUCUGUCCAUUAUGACUUUUUUGGCCAUAUUCUGGGAGGCUACCACCCACAGGGGUUUUCUGCCUUCAUUAUGGAACAUGCUCUUCGGAUUAGGGUGUUUUGUGCUCAGGUUCAUGCUGGAAUGUGGCGUAGGAAUGGUCAUGCUGCUAUAUUAUCCUGUGAGUGGUAUCGCUCUGUCCGCUGGUCUGAGCAGGGUCUGGAGCUUGACCUCUUUCUGCUACAAUGCUGUGCUGCACUAGCCCCUGCUGAUUUAUAUAUCCGUAGAAUUUUAGAACGUUUUGAGCUAACAAAUUACCUAUCCUUCAAUCUUGAACGUCCUAGUGAGUACGAACCCGCUUUAGUUCAAGAGAUGCUUACUCUUAUUAUUCAAAUAGUGAAAGAACGACGCUUUUGUGGGCAAACCUUGAGUGAAUGUUUGCAAAGAGAAUUAGUAUAUAGACUAUCAAUUAGUGAUGCCACUCAUAGUCAGCUGGUGAAAUCUCUUCCUCGUGACCUGUCCAAGAUUGAUAAAUUUCAGGAAGUUUUGGACAGAAUAGCAAUGUAUUCAAAUCCAUCUGGCAUGAAUCAGGGUAUGUACAAACUGCGGUUGCCCUAUUGGAAGGAACUGGAUCUGUACCAUCCUCGUUGGAAUUCGAGGGACGUGCAAGUAGCCGAAGAGAGAUAUAUGCGCUUCUGUAAUGCAUCGGCAUUGACCACUCAGCUUCCAGGAUGGAGCAAGAUUUAUCCACCACUUGGUCGUAUAGCUGAAGUAGCUACCUGUAGGACAGUCCUCCAAAUUGUCCGCGCUGUUGUAUCAUAUGCUGUGUUUUCUGAUGCAUCAAAUGCUUCACGUGCUCCAGAUGGUGUUCUGUUAAGAGCACUGCAUUUGCUGUCACUAGCAUUGGAUAUUUGUCAUGCACAUAGGGAAUCUGGCGAACAUAGUUGCUAUAAUGGUGAUGUUAUUCCAAUUUUAGCUCUAGCUUGUGAAGAAAUAUCGGUGGGCAAAUUUGGUGAUCAGAGCUUGCUAUCUCUUCUCUUUUUGUUAAUGAGGAAACACAAGAAAGAAAAUUACUUGGUGGAGGCUGGAAUGCUUAACCUCUUAUCUUUGGUUGAAAGUCUUCUGAAGAAAUUUGCUGAACUACAACCUGAAUGCAUGAAAAAACUGCAACAUCUUGCUCCAGAUGUGGUCAAUCAAUUAUCUCGAUCCUUUCCAAGUGGUGAUACAAAUAGCUUCAGAUCAUUUUCAGAAAGUGAUAAGCGUAAGGCUAAAGCUCGAGAGAGACAAGCUGCUAUGCUGGAGAAGAUGAGGGUCCAACAAUCCAAGUUUUUAGCAAGCAUUGAUUCCACAACAGAUGUUGCCACAGAUGAUUCUAGACAUGGCAAAGAGUUAUGCGAUUCAGAUGGUAGACCUAGAUCUGAAGAGGCUACUCCUGUUAUUUGCUCUCUUUGCCGUGAUCAAAAUUCUAAAAGUCCUGUAUCUUACCUAAUUCUUCUUCAGAAAUCCAGGCUUCUCAGUUUCACCAACAGAGGUCCUCCUUCAUGGGAACAAAUUCGCCUCCCUGGGAAAGAGCCCACGUCUUGUGCCAAACAAGUGCUAAACAUUUCUUCUGAAAGGAGCAAUCUUUCAAGAAGUUCAGAACUUGCUUCAUCAUCUUGGUUAAUGCAAUUAAUCCAAAAUAAAGUAAAUGAGUUUGCUUUAGAAGGACAACCUAAGGAAGUGGAAGCAUUUCUGGAGUAUAUAAAGGAAAAAUUUCCCUCACUGAAGAACAUUCAACCCUCUUGCGCAUCAAGCACUGUAAAGAAAAAGACCUCCUCUUCCUUCGAGAUGCUAGAAGAACACAUGUACUCGUUGAUUCGGGAGGAAAUGAAUGCUAAUUCAUGGAACUGGGAUCUUUUAAAAAAUGAUAGGAAACUUUCAGCUUUGGGUGAUAAUGGGGGUGCUGAGUCACUUUUGCUUGGAAGAUACAUUUCUGCUCUUUCAAGAGAAUGUAGUCCUUCUGCAUCUAUUAAUAGCCGCAAGGAACAAUUUGAGUCAAGUAUGCUGCUUCCAACAUACAAUGGAUUUGGUCCAUCAGAUUGUGAUGGAAUAUAUCUUUCAUCCUGUGGGCAUGCUGUGCAUCAGGGAUGUCUUGACCCCUAUUUAUCUUCACUAAAGGAAAGAUAUACCAGACAAAUUGUUUUCGAAGGGGGUCAUAUUGUAGAUCCGGAUCAGGGGGAGUUCCUCUGUCCUGUAUGCCGUGGACUUGCUAACUCGGUUCUGCCAGCAUUACCUGCCGAAACUAAAAGGUCAAUACCGUCUCUUUCAACUGGUCCAUCAGAUGCUGUAGGCCUUACAACGCUUCGUUUUCAAGAAGCUUUAUUUCUCCUGCAAAGUGCAGCUGAUGUUGCUGGAAGUAGAGAGAUAUUACAGAGUCUUCCACUUCAGCAAUUUGGGCAGAUGAGAGUAAAUCUUGAAUAUGUGGUUCGGGUAUUAUGUGAAAUGUAUUUUCCGGACAAGGAUAAGAUUUCAGAAUCUGGUAGGCUUAGUCACUCUCUGAUUUUGUUUGACACACUCAAGUACUCACUUGUAUCGACAGAAAUUGCUGCUCGAUCUGGGAAUACUUCUUUAGCUCCAAACUACAGCCUUGGUGCGCUGUACAAAGAACUCAAAUCUACAAAUUGUUUUAUAUUAGCCUUAUUACUAAGCAUUGUACAAAGCACGCGGACAAAGAACUCACUUACUGUCCUGUUGAGGUUAAGAGGAAUUCAGCUGUUUGCUGAGUCUAUAUGCUCAGACAUUUCUGCAGAUGAGCCUCCAGACAGUCCUACUGUUGGAGGUAAUAUGCAAGACAUCUUGGAAUUUUCUGAGAAGGAAUUACAGUACCCUGAUAUUCAGUUCUGGAAACGAUCCUCUGCUCCAGUUCUUGCACAUGAUGCUUUUUCAUCAUUAAUGUGGGUGUUAUAUUGCCUCCCGUGCCCAUUUUUGUCGUGCGAGGAAUCAUUCUUGUCUCUUGUUCAUCUUUUCUAUGUUGUCACUAUUACUCAGAUUGUAAUUACCUAUAGCAGAAAGCAACAAAGUAGUUUGACUAUGUCAAGAAGUAAUGAUUCUCUAGUUAGUGACAUCUACAGAAUAGUGGAGGAAAAUAGAGUUGCUUACAAAUAUUUUGAUUCUAAUCAUAUUGAAACUCACGAUGUCAAAGAUGCAAUUCGUAGCCUGAGUUUUCCUUAUUUAAGAAGAUGUGCAUUGUUGUGGAAAUUGGUUCGUUCUUCUAUAGCAGUACCAUUUAGUGGAGGCAGUAACAUAUUAGAUGGAUUACCAUAUUCAAUGGGUGAAACAAUGGAAUGUGGAGGAAACAUAGCAGUUGAGUUCAAUGAGAUUGAAACGUUGGAAAAGUUAUUUAAGAUUCCCCCACUUGAUGAUGUUAUUAGUGAUAACAUAGUACGUUUUGUGGUUCCAAGAUGGUUGUGUCGUUUCUCCAAGCAGUUUGAAGAUCUCAUGUUGAAUGGUGUUAUGUAUUCUACCCCUGCAGUCCCAUUUAAACUGAUGCUUUUGCCUCAUCUUUACCAGGAUCUCCUACAGAGGUAUAUCAAACAACAUUGUCCAGACUGUGGAGUUGUUUUGGAGGAGCCUGCAUUGUGCUUGUUGUGUGGUAGACUCUGCUCACCGAAUUGGAAGCCGUGCUGCAGGGAAAGUGGGUGCCAAACACAUGCAAGGGCAUGUGGAGCGGGUACUGGGGUGUUCUUAUUGAUCAAAAAAACCACAGUGUUACUUCAAAGAUCUGCUCGUCAGGCAUCGUGGCCUUCUCCAUAUUUAGACGCAUUUGGUGAAGAGGAUACCGGAAUGCAUCGUGGGAAGCCAUUGUACCUAAAUGAGGAACGCUAUGCAGCCUUAACUUACAUGGUGGCUUCUCAUGGGCUAGAUCAGAGUCCAAAGGUGCUUCAUCAGGCGAAUAUCGGCAACUUUUUCAUUUGGUAAAGGUUAACUAGGUCCAUGGAAUUCGUCUAAAAUGAUAAAAAAGCUAUCAACUGUCCAAUCCCGAGUUUUGACUCAGACACAGCACGUCCAAUGUUCUGCGGUCUGCUACUAUUUGAUGUACAGAUUAUUAAGAUCAGUAGGCAUUGACGUCUGUGGCCUGGGAAGGAUUUGCUUUUACCAAAAUGGGACGUUUCGUAUUCCAUGAAAGUGACUUUAGUGGUGGAGCGGCUGGUUUUUCGCACUUUACUGUACCGACAUUGUGAAUAAAUAGUGUGUUUUAAUGUAGUUUUGAUCCAUCAAAUUUGUCUCCUAAAGGUGUAAAUUAUAGUCUAAGCAGGCAUAUGAGUAAUACGAUGCCCCCCCCCCCCCUUCCCAGCACACACCACACACACACACCGUUUACUGUGAAGAUGUAAAUUGAGAUCUAAACAACAAUAUGUUGAAGGGCGAUGCUAAAGUUUUUGAGUUUCACUUUGAUCUAUCUUAGCUUACUUAUCCACUGUCCUAA